AUGAGUGGUCCUAACGGUAUGUUGUACGGUGGUGAUGAAAUAGGAGCUUUAGUAUUCGAUCCGGGACAUCAUUCCCUGCGUGUUGGUUAUGCCCAAGAAGACACUCCUAAAGCCGAUAUUCCUGCUGUGAUUGGCGUUGGACCUUCAACACAUAUACCUGAUGCUGAAGAAAAGGUUCCAGACGGCAACAUCACUCAGAGUGGCAAUGAGCUCCGCCAUUACAUUGAUGUGACAGAAAUACAUGUGCCAAGGCCUGGAAUGGAGAUUCAAACAUAUAUGAAGGAUGGACAGGUGGACAAUUGGGAUCUCUUUGAGAAGAUGUUGGACUACUGCUAUGCUAAGGUUAUCCGUUCGCCAUCAGAACACCACCCAGCUCUAUUUACGGAAGCAGUUUGGACAACCAGGCCAGCAAGAGAAAAGUUAGCAGAGUUACUAUUUGAGAAGUAUCAAGCUCCAGCGUUCUUCCUUGUAAAGAAUGCAGUUCUUGCUGCAUUUGCAAAUGGAAAAUCUACUGCUUUGGUGGUAGAUGCCGGUGCUAGCCAGACUUCUGCUGUACCUGUUAUUGAUGGGUAUGCAAUAGUAAGUGCCGCUGUGCGGUCACCACUUGGUGGUGACCACCUUGCCGCUCAAGCCAAGAAUAUGCUCAACAAUAUGCACAUACAAAUGCUCCCUUUAUACAGUAUACAGAGUAAAGAAGUAAUAAGGGAACGUGAAAGGGCCCGUUACACCCUUAAAACACUCCCGGCUGGUCUGACACAAUCAUGGCAACAAUACAUGCUAAAGAAACAGUAUGAAGACUUUUACCACUGUGUCGCUCAAGUAUCGGAAAGUUCUUAUGACGAGCGCACAGCUGCAUCAGUUCCCGGCGUGCACUAUGAGUUCCCAGGCGGAUAUCACCAGGACUUCGGACCAGAGAGGUUCAAGUUGACAGAGUGCCUGUUUGAACAAAACUUGGGAGCUCCUCAUUUGGUGUGCUCUGCGGCGGCGGCGUGCGACGCGGACGCGCGGCCGGCGCUGUGGGGCGCCGUGGUGGCGUGCGGCGGGCUCGCCAACCUGGCCGGCUGGCUGGAGCGCGUGGGCCGCGAGCUGGCCGCGCGCGCGCCCUCCUCGCACCGCCUCAAGACGCACGCCGCGCCCUCGCCGCCCGAGCGCCGCUUCGCCGCCUGGCUCGGUGGUUCCAUCCUCGCGUCGAUCGGUUCGUUCCAACAGAUGUGGAUUUCAUCACAAGAGUAUGACGAAGGUGGCAAAGGGCAGCUGGAAAGGAAAUGCCCAUAA